AUGCUUCGCUUUUGCGCCUUGGUUUGGGGGAUGACGCCUCGAUCCAGGAGGAGGAUGACGGCCAACAGGGCUCCGGCUCCGGCACCGACUCGACCACCACGGCCCGGACAUUGCGACAGGGGAUUCUCAAGGCAGCCAACUUGCAAGACAAGCUUCUGGAGAAUACAAACCAGACUCCUCGCCCAAGUCAUCCCCGUAGACGAUGGCCAACCUCACGGCAGCGGCGAGCCCGGCGGGGCCAACGAACCCUCGGCCUUCGGCGAACGACCAGGCUUCACGGUAGGCGCCAUGUCCAACAACUUUCGACGUUUCAACGCGCGUAUCGGGGUUGUCUUCAAAUUCCAAGCCAAAGCCUUGCGCGUGCUGUCAUGGCGACGGCCCACGCACACCUUGUCCCUACUAGCCGUCUACACCUUCGUCUGCCUAGACCCCUACUUGAUCUUCGUUCUCCCGCUCGCCAUCGCCUUAUUCGGCAUCUUCGUCCCCUCCUUCAUCGCACGACACCCAGCCCCCGCCUCCUCCUCCGAAGCGCACGCGGUGCGCAACCUGGGCUACUCCCCUCGCGGCCCGCCCCUGGCACCCCCGCGCACGUUCAAGCCGACCAAGGAGCUAUCGCGCGACUUCUUCCGCAACCUUGGCGACUUGCAGAACGUUAUGGACGACUACAGCGUCGCCCACGACAAGAUCAUUGCUUUGGUGGUCCCCAAAACCAACUUCUCGGACGAGGCUUUGUCGUCCGCCAUUUUCGUUUUGCUCUGCGGCGCAUGCGCCCUCAUGACCGUCACCGCCCACCUGAUUCCCUGGCGUUAUAUCUGUCUGGUCGCCGGCUGGCUCGCCAUCUCGUCCAACCACCCCACCGUUUCCCGACUGAUUGGUGAGUGGCAGGCGCAGUAUCUAGGAGGAGAAAAAGAACCGAGCGCGACGGUGCAGGCCGUGCACGACAACGAUAAGAAACUGGAACAGAUACAGAACCAUCCGCCCGGUCCCAGCCCUGAUUCAUCGUUAGCAGCCGAACGCGCCUUCGACGCCUGGGUCCGCUCGGAUAUCAUCCUGGACGACGCACCCGAGACGCGCGAGGUGGAGAUCUUUGAGCUGCAGCGCCUCAGCGACACCAGCGGCGAGUGGGAGCCGUGGUUAUUCAGCCCGUCGCCGUACGACCCCCUAUCUGCGGCGCGGAUUGCGGGCGACCGGCCGACGGGGACGCGCUUCUUUGAGGAUGUUUUGCCGCCUGAGGGGUGGGAGUGGAGCGGGAAGAAGUGGGCGUUGGAUCUCUGGAGCAGGGAGUGGGUGGAAGAAAGGAUUAUCACUGGGGUUGAGGUCGAGACGGAAGGGGAGAGGUGGGUGUAUGAUAUCUAUAAUGAGCAUGAGAAUGGCAUGAAUGGCAGUGACAAUGGUGACCUGGGGGCGGCGUUGGGGGAUGGGGAUUACGAGACACCGGUCAGGAGUCAAGAUCAGAGUCGGUAUACGCCCAAGAUUGGACCCACGAUCAGUUGGGAGGAAGGGGAGGAGGGAAUGGGUCGGAGGGGACGUUGGCGGAGGCGAAGGUGGGUGAGGAUGGUGAAGAGGAAGAAUGUCAAUGCGGCGUCCAAUUAG